AGAAGAACCCCGAAAUUUAAAUUAAAUUAAAAAAAUUUUAAGGACAGCGUCUAAGGACUCCAAAACUUGAAGGACUACGGUAUGUCAAUUAUAAAUGUCACACAAAAAGGAAAAGCAGAAAACAAAUCCCGGCGGGAAAAAGCUGUCUCAGUCAGCUGCUCCUCCGUCGCAUAAAAACCCUAGCUGGGCUUAUUGCAGAAGAACGAAGAAAGAGAUGCCGUCGUUUCCUCAGCCGGGCUUCCUUACCAUCUGCGAACUCCACCGAGACCUGGUUACUGUGGACAACCUCUCCGAUGAUCGAGCCAGAGAUACCUAUGCUAAAGUCCUUGGAACUUUGUUCAGUCCAAUCCCUUUUCAGUCCGAGAAUCUGUUACUGGACCCUAUUGAAGAUCAUCAACCGGAGGAGGGUGGUAGUAUUGGGUUUCUCUCCGCUGCUUUGCAGGCUGUAUCAACUGGUUCUCUUUCACCCCUGUUUAAGCCAGCUCUUGAUGUAAGUUUGUCGCGCAGCGUUGAUCUCUACGGCCUGAGUUGGCACCAACAUAAACACAUUGUUGCUUUUGUUUCUGGGGCACAUCAGGUGACGAUUCAUGAUUAUGAGGAUUCAGAUGGUAAGGAUCCUUGCAUUCUGAUGAAUGAGUCUCAAAAAGAUGUUAAAUGCAUUGAGUGGCGGCCUAAUGGGGGGAGGACACUUUCUGUAGCAUGCAAGGGUGGAAUUUGCAUUUGGGCGGCUUCAUAUCCUGGAAAUGCAGCUUUAGUUAGACAUAAAAUUACUUCAAGCAUUCUCAGGGGCUCUGGAACAAGAUGGACUCUAGUGGAUUUCCUUCAGAGUCACAAUGGUGAACAAAUAAGCGCCCUCUCAUGGAGUCCUGAUGGAAGAUAUUUGGCAUCGGCUUCAUUUGCGAAUUCAUCAUUCACCAUUUGGGAUGUAUCUCAAGGAAUUGGUAGGCGAAUUCGACGUGGUUUAGGGGGCAUAUCAAUGCUUAAGUGGUCUCCAUCUGGAGAUUACUUUUUUGUUGCUAAAUCCGAUGGAACAUUUUACCUCUGGGAGACAAAUACUUGGACAUCAGAAACAUGGUCCUCAACCAAUGGAUUUGUCACGGGAGUUUCAUGGGACCCCGAUAGCCGAAUGCUCGUCAUUGCUUUCUCUGAGUCUACAACACUAGGUUCUCUUCACUUUGCAUCAAAACCGCCAUCCCUGGGUAUGUAAUGAGUAUGCAUGUCCGGAUCGACAGGGUUUUUACUAGCUGGUUUCCUCUUAGUUUCUUGAGUUUCUGACCUCAUCUAUGCAAAAUUAUGGAGAAUAUGGAAAUAUGUCUUGGUAUGGUUGAGAAUGUCUUAUUUGAGCAUGCUUAGGCUUAUCUUAUACAUAUGGGUGAUCUAUAUGUCAUAUGCUAAGUUUCCUUUUUUUUUCUUUGUAUUGCUAUAUUUCAGAUGCACACCUUGUUCCUCUCGAGCUGCCAGAAAUUCAGUCCUUAACCAGAAGGUUCAGUUACUGUUGUCUUUAAUUUGUAUCUUAUUACUAAACAGUAGUCCAAGUUCGUCCGUCUCAAUCUCCUUUCUCUUAAAUGACUCUUUUUGUCAACUAGCUCUGGAUUUUUGUCAAUUGGUGGAUGGAAUCACUUUUAAGGAAAUAUCCAGUCACUUGUAUAAGGAGAAAAACCCUUGCAUUCGCAAGUUUUGCAUCCAUUUGACCCAUCGAAAAGUUAUUUGAUUACUUUUUGCAUAGCCUUGUGUAAAUAAAUUAAGUACCUCAGAACCAAUGUUUUGGAUUUGAUCCUCUGCAAUGUAUUGCACAAAUUGAUUCUUCUGGUUACUGAUUGGAGGAGUUUGGAAUCUGAAAUGAUGCCUGAUUUAUUUGAUGGAAGCACUUAUGUUGAACUUUGUGAUUGGGCUUCAAGUUUGAUUUGCUUCAUGCAUACUGAAAUUUUAAUGUUUUACCAUUGUUCUUAGAAGGUUUUAAAUUUCCUGUCUUGUAAUCAGUUUAUUACAUUUGUCUCUGCUCAUGUGCACCAAUCUACAGUUUAUUUAUGUAUUCAGAAUGUUGAUGUCUUUGGAUUAUUUUAUGUGAUUAAAAAGUGGAGGUGUCGAUAUUAGCCUUCAUCUUGCAAUUUUCUUCAAUUACAGUAAAGGCAUUGAAAAGAUGGUGUGGGAUGCUUCAGGAGAGCGGUUAGCUUUGUCAUACAAAGGCGGGGAUGACCAGUACAAAGGUCUUGUGGCGUUAUAUGAUGUUAGAAGAAUUCCCUUGAUUUCAGCAUCACUCAUGUAGGUUUUUUGUAGCUCAUUCCAGUCUUGAUCUGUCUAUGAUUUAUAUUCGUUCCCCGGUGGUGGAUCUUGUGGUUUCACGUGUUGCUGAUGUUUGCGGCAUUAAUUUGUUCUAAUGCUCGUUUGUGUUGCUAUUUCACCAAUCCAGUGGCUUUAUUAGAGGUCCAGGGGAAAACCCUAAGGCAAUUGCAUUGGCAUUUCAUGACAAGUUUAAACAAGGACCCCUGCUCUCAGUUGUAAGUCUCUGAAAGCCAUGUUUAUCCUCAACAGCUUAACAUUUCCAGAUGUUGUUGCGGUAUUCAAUUACAAGUUUUCGGUGAAAAGAUUUCAACUCUGUCAAAGCUAGCAUCUUUAUUUAUAUUCUGCGUUCAAGCUCUAACUUCAUUGUGGUGUCAGUGUUGGAGCAGCGGAAUGUGCUGCACUUACCCACUCGUCUUGCGUGCUCAUACUCUACCUUGAUGGAGGUAUUGGUCUUAAAUCUCCACUUGCAUAAUUCAGUCGUCUAGGAAAGUAAAUUUGUGUUGGGAAAUAAAGUACUUUAUGUACCUUUUUUCGGCAGGAAAAUGUGGUCCUUGAGGACUUGUCCAGGAAUACUUCUGGUUGUACAAUUUAGGCAAUUUGAUUGGUCAGACUUAGUAUCCGAGGUUCAGCGGUGAACUUGGAUUCCUGCGAUGAGUCUUUAACCAUUUUCAAAAUGAAAGCAUCGACUUGUGUUGUUGAUCUGAGGAUGCAAACUGAUAGCGGCUACGAGAAUGGGAACAUGAAGUGUUAAAAUAGUUGGUUCCAGUGUCCGGGGAAAUGUUUUGGGUUGUAAUGGUUUAGUAUGACAUCCAAAUUUUGAAUGGAAAAUUGGUCUUCCUAUUGUUUGUAACCAGACUCGAGAAAAGAUGAGUUAGAGAUGUUGCAUGUCAGAAAAUGUUGGGGUUUUGUAUGUGAUCCUUAUGGGAAGAUAUGAAAUUUGAUGUGCGCUGAGUAGUUUUGGCCGAUUUGUAAAACAAUUCAGCCGUUUCCGGUUGUCUUUAUUUUGUGUGUCGACUGAAACAAAUGAGAGUUCAAUUACAGUAAUAUCUCUCCUUCGCUCUCGGUUUUAUGGCAGCAUAAUUGAUGUAAUAUUCCGUCUAGAGAACAUUAUAUGAAUUAUGAAUGAGCAAUUGUUGUGUGUGGUCUAGUACAUUUUGUGCGCAACAUAAUCUUAUCAUAUGCUCUAUAUGCGUGAAAAAGGAAUUCGAAACUACCUAGUUCAAAGCAGCCUUCAAUUCAAUAUUCCCUUGAAUUCAAGUGACAUUCACACGUUAGUAAGACCAUUUCAAAAA